CGUGCUGAAGGAGGUGUACGCCGCCUUCAACCCAGAUGCAGUUGUGCUGCAGCUGGGAGCAGACACGAUCGCUGGAGAUCCCAUGUGCUCUUUCAACAUGACGCCCGAGGGACUGGGCAAGUGCCUGAAGUAUGUUCUGCAGUGGCAGCUAGCAACUCUCAUCCUGGGAGGGGGAGGCUACAACCUUGCCAACACAGCUCGCUGCUGGACAUACUUGACUGGGGUCAUCCUUGGAAGAACGCUGUCCUCUGAGAUCCCCGAUCAUGAGUUCUUCACAGAGUACGGUCCUGAUUACGUGCUGGAGAUCACACCGAGCUGCAGACCAGACCGCAAUGAGCCACAGAGAAUUCAAGAAAUUCUGAACUCUAUCAAAGGGAAUCUGAAGCACGUUGUUUAG